AGCCAAGCCCCUGCGCUGCCGCACCCUCCUGGCCAGCCGCAGCGCGCGCGUCCGCGCGGCCGCGCGGGCGCCGGGCGGCGCGUGGCCGCACUCUUCUGCGCGGGGGGGCGCGCGCAGGCGGGCAUGGGCGCCGCGAAGCCCGCAGGAGACGGCACCCGUCAUCAACCAGGGGGGGGGGCAGGCGCUCCGCGGCAGGAGAUGUACGGCGAGGCCGGCGACGGAGCCAGCGGCAGCAGCGGCAGGAGCCCCAUGCCCAGGCGCGAGGGGGCGAAGGUCGUGAACAAGAUGCCGCAGAGCUUCCGGCUGUCCCGGGAGUCCGAGGAGCUGAGGCGCGCCCUGCGGCAGGA